UCGGGUCGCGGUGCCUGGGCCGGCGGCCGACAGUGCGCAUCGCGGUCCCGGUCCCGCCGCCAGGCUCCGGGGGAGCUGCCCCCCCUCGCUCCCGCCCGCUAGUUUUGGUGUCCCCCCACCCAGUGGCUGGGCAGGGCAGGGCGGGGGCCGGCGUGCCGGGAACCCCCAUGUCCGCCGCGGUCCACCCGGGCGCCGGCCGCGGCGCUGCCGCGGGUCACCGCUCCUCCGCGCCCCUGCAGCGGCCGGGCGGCCGCGGGUAGCGCCGGUGCCGCCCCGUCCGGCGCCGCGGGCCCCUCCAAGGCCGGCAGCCAUGGAGCCCGGCGGCCUCCCCGACCUCCGCGACGUGGAGCAGAAGCUGGGCCGCAAAGUGCCCGAGAGCCUGGCGCGGCCGCUGCGCGGGGAGGAGCACCCGGGCCGCGCCGCCACCGCCGCCGCUACCACCGAGCCCGCCCGCGGCCCCGCUGCGGCCCCCGGCCCCCGCCGCCGCCGUGCCGCCGCCCUCGCACGGCUGGAGACGAAACUUCACCUCUUGCGGCAGGAGAUGGUUAAUCUCCGAGCCACUGAUGUCAAGCUUAUGCGCCAGCUACUUAUCAUCAAUGAAAGUAUUGAAUCAAUCAAAUGGGUAAUUGAAGAGAAGGCCAUUGCCAGCAGAGGUAGCAGUUUGAGUGGUAGCCUGUGCAGCUUAUUGGAAAGUCAGGACACAUCCCUCCAUGGCAGCUGUAACAGUUUGCACAACUGUAGUGAUGGACUGGAUGGAAUAUCAGUGGGGAGUUAUUUGGACACUUUAGUUGAUGAUGUCCCUGGUCGCCAAACCCCUUCCGAUAUGGACCAGUUCAGUGAUUCUUCUAUUAUGGAGGACUCACAGCCUCUGCAUAAACAUCCCAAAAUUGAUUCUGAUGAGUACUACUGUUUUGGUUAAUAAAAGCAAGUUCCAGUGGGACAUACAUGCACUUGUAUUUAUCCUUUCUCUUUGCUGCUAUUUUAUUUCAUGUGCAAAACCCCAAAUUUCUGUUGGAAGGAAAUCAUACUACGAUAUUUUGAUUCUACUUCGGAACUUUCCUGUUGCUUCUAGCACAUUUCCUCCUUGGUGGGUUAUCUGCUUCUGUCCUGCUCAAAUUUCUUUCUCUUAAUUUAUUAUUGCUUUUGUUUUUGUUUUUUACAGUGCUGUAUUUACAGAUCUUUAAAAUGAGACAUCAGGGAAUGAGAGCAUCAAUUUUGUACUUGUUGGCAAUAAAAUAUCUUCUGAUAAAUAUA